AUGUUAAAGCGAAACGUUUUGCCAAUUUAUAAAGGUUUAACCCCAAGUAUUCCAACUCAUGCAUUGAGUAUGAUUAUAUUUUUACGUAAACGUAUGUGUCGUUAUCCGGUGAGCGUUUUCAUGGCUACAUUAUCAUUGACCAAUAUUUUAAUAUUAGCUGGUCCCGUUACAAUGCAAUGGUUAAAUCAUAAAGUUUUCAUUGGUUUUGUUGUCACUGGUUCACGUUUUCUAUGUGCAUUUCAUGUUUACAUAGAUUUAGUUGGUUCAUCAAUUAAUUCAUGGCUAAUAUUUGUUAUAUCACUAGAACGUUAUUUAUCUGUGAGUAAACCAUUUUUAAUUCGUCAACGUUUUAAUCGUCGUCAAGCAUGGCAUAUUGUUUUAAUUAUUAUUAUUAUUGCAUUAUUAGCACCAUUGGGUCUUGUUAUUGUUGCAUCACAAGUACCCAAUUGUUUAUUAUUCUUUUCAACAACAUACCAAAUUAUUGGUUCAAUUCAAAUAUUUUUCAUCUAUGUUUUGCCAUCUAUUUUAAUUUUAAUAUUAUCGAUCAUUACCGUAUUUAAAUUACGUAAUCGUAUUCGAAAUCGUGCAUCACGACGUAUUCAUAUAUCUGUCAUGUUAAUAGCCGUCUCAUUUUCAUUUAUUACAUUUACAUUACCAUUUCAAAUAUGUUGGUAUUGGCUAUUUUCAACAUCAUUUGGUAUUAUUGAUCUUAAAUUGAAUAUAAUCAAUAUUGCCUUUCGUUAUUUGGCAUUAACCAUUCGAAAUUUAAAUUAUACUCUUAACUUUUUCCUAUACAGUUUAACAUCGGUUGUAUUUUUAAAAGAAGCAUUUACAAUUGCACAUUGCAAUUAUUUUUUAAGUCAUAGAUUUAUGGAACGAAAUAAUGCUUUUAGACGACUUGGUCAAUUCUUGAGAGACAGUCAACGAGUACGACAAUCACCAAGACAAGAACAUAAUGGACGAAAUACAACUGAAAAUACUGGAGCGAAUAUUCAUAAUCAUAUACAUUAUAAUAGUUUCUCAACGCCACAUCCAAACAAUGUACUUCCAUUGGAAAAAUUGAAAAAAUGCAAAUGUAAAAAACUAAAAACAAAACAAAAACAAGAUAGUGAAAUCGAUAAUAGCAAUCAUCACUUACAAACUAAAGAAAAUGGUGCGGGAUCAACGACACCGUCCAAUCAAUCACUAUUAAAGUUUCGUGAGUAUUAA